UCUCACUCCCACUCCUAACUAGGAUCUACAAACCAGCUCUUCAAGGAAAUGACUUCUAAACAGCAAAUGGGCUACAAGUGUCGCAUAGGAGGAGUACUGCUUCUCCUUUUGGCUAGUAUUGCUGCCCUCGUUGCUGUUGUUGUCAUCCAGGACACCUGGAAGUCCAAACAGUACAGCUCAGAGUAUGGCAUAGUGAUAGACUCAGGUUCAUCACGUUCCAGUGUAUACUUGUACGUGUGGCCAGGGGAGAAGGAGAAUGAAACAGGAGUUGUGACUGAGAAAAUUAACUGUAGAGUUGCUGGUGCUGGUAUCUCAGAGAUGAAAGUUGACCCAGAGAAAGAUGACGUAUCGUGGAAAGGAUUCGAACGAUGCAUGGAGAACAUGACAAAAGCAAUUCCUGUUGAAAAACACAAAACUACACUCCUCUUUCUGGGAGCUACUGCUGGAAUGAGAUUGCUACAGGAUAAGGAUGAACAGAAGUCCAGUGAAAUCCUGGAAAGUCUCAGUGAAUACCUGAAAACUUUGCCUUUCGACUUCCAAAAUGCUUCCAUCAUUACUGGUCAAGAAGAAGGACUGUACGGGUGGAUCACUGUCAAUUACCUCAUGGGAAACUUCCUAGAGAAAAGCCUUUGGAACAUCUACGCACACCCAAAAGGGGAAAAGACUGUUGGGUCCAUGGACCUCGGUGGAGCAUCAACACAGAUUGCCUUUGCAGUCCAGGAUGAUCUCAGGGGGCCUGACUACUUGCAUGUCAAACUGUACGGAUACCCUUACAAUGUCUACACACACAGUUUCCUCUGCUAUGGCAAAAAUGAGGCUGGGAAGAAGAUUCUGGACAAAAUUGUUCAGGAAUCAUCUGACCCGUCCUACAUUAUUAACCCCUGCUACCCUGAAGGUUACAAUGUCACCAUGAACGCCUCAUACAUUUAUGAAACAGAAUGUACAAAGAAGCCAAACGGCUACAACCCGGAUCAAGAACUCUUCAUGGUGGGGACCGCCAACUCAGACAAGUGCGGCAGCAUAGUGAAGUCCAUCUUUGAUUUCAAAACUUGUUCCUCCUCCCAGUGUUCCUUCAAUGGGGUCGAGCAGCCACUCGUCACUGGAGAUUUUAUGGCAUUUGCUGGAUUCUUCUUCACUGCUAGGGCGCUCGGGAUUGAGGGCAAAUCAGAUCUUGAUCAAUUUAACGCCUCAGUUAGGAAUUUCUGCCACUCAAAUUGGACAGUGCUGAGUGAAGAAAAGAAGUUGAUUUCAGAACGAUAUCUUCGGACUUACUGUUAUUCAGGUCAUUACCUCUUAAAAUUGCUGGUGGAUGGCUACAAGUUUGACAAAGAGACCUGGAAGAACAUUAACUUCCAAAAAGAGGUGGCGAAAACCAGCGUAGGUUGGAGUUUGGGCUACAUGCUGAGCAUGUCCAACAUGAUCCCGUCUGAAGUGAAAGAAAUCCCCCCCAUGACAAACCCCGUCUUUGCCGGCCUUAUCUUUCUAUUUUCAGCCCUCUUAAUCACAACUGUUGUCAUAGUUUUCAUAUUCCUCAUUCGCACUUGCUUCUGAGAGUUUCAGUCACUAAGGGAAGGGAUGGUCUGCCAUUGUAAGCCUUGGGCUGCUGUUAUCCUGCAAGUAAGUGGGAAAGCAGUACAGCAGCAUUUGCCGAGGCACUUUAUUUUUUCAGCUUGAGCCAUUUACUGCCUGUGUAUCCUGCAAUUGAAAUUGAGUCUUUGAAGUAGCUUGAUUUGUGAGACUGGUUUUAUUGAGAAAAUAAGAAACACCUCUAAAAAAACGCUUUUUUCAACAGGUAAAAACGGGUAAACACAAUAUCCUGAAUGACGCACAGAUAAUGCAAUGUCAUUUGCAAGUGCACGGCCUGUUAUUUAAGGUAGUUUGAUGUGACGGAAGUUUUGUUUUUUGAAGAUCGGCCCUACUGUACCUCUGUUUGACUAGUACUUGUUGCCUUCUUAAAAGAUUUUUUCAAAUUUAAUGUUGAUGAACAAAAUUUACAGGAAGGUAAAGAGGUUAAUAAUUUCAACUCAGAUGUGGAUGUUGUCACAAAAAUAACAGGCUUGUUGCAUAAUGCUCUAAUAUAUAAUAACAAUAUCAUUAUAAUGAGACUUUUUUAAAAAUUGAAUUUAAAAAAAAUAAAAUAAAAAAACAAUGACAGAUCCAUUGGUGAUUUAUGUUUUAUCAUGGUGUCAUAAUUAAACUUCAUGUUAACCUUAAUGUUGAUAUGGCACACUGAUUAACAAGACAUUAAAAAAUGGCAUAUCAUAUUAAAAAAGCUGCUGACCCCUGGUGUAUAUUAUACAUUGUUUGUCCUCACUAAAAACUGGAAGUACACAGCAAAACUUUGACUGUGUGAAACCCUAAUUAAUAAACAAUGUAUUGAAUGUGCAAUGUGCCUUUGUAUCAUUGUGAUUUUGCUAUAUGUUACAUUAAGUCAUUUUUCUACAGUCUACUUGCUAAUAAUCAAUAGAAAUACAAGCAACAUUUUAUAUUCUUAAUUUAGGACAGCAGCCAACAAGUUACUGAAAUUGAUAUAGUGGGACAACUGUUCUAUGUGUUAUUUUUCAGAUUAAAUACAAAUCUUGUGUUCUUUAAUCCCUGGUAGGGUUUUCAUUCUGAGUAUUGUUGGAUAAAUAUUGU